ACUUGGGUCGGAGCUAUUAGAACAAAUGAUGAUUAUGGCAAUAAUGGAAUGGCCACAUUCAUAGAAAUUGCCCAGCAGCUGGGCAUCUGUUUAGAGUACUCUGUACCUUUCUUUAGAACAGAUCCACCAGAGAAAGUACAAAAGAUAAUUGACAUUAUUAAGGCUUCCACUUCUAAGGUGAUUGUUGCUUUCCUUUCUCACUUGGAUAUGGAUAUGGUAAUACAUGCGUUGUCUCACCACAACUUGACUGGGUACCAGUGGGUAGGCAGUGAGAGCUGGAUCUUUGAUUCUCAAACUGCAGCCAUGGAUAGGCAUCACAUUCUGGAUGGUGCCAUAGGCCUGGCCAUUCCCAGAGCACAUGUCAGUGGCAUGAGAGAGUUCAUGUUGGAUGUGAAGCCGCUCAAUUCAUCUAGUAAUGAAAUGUUUACAGAGUUUUGGGAGGAAUUAUUUAGCUGCAAGUUCAACCAGUCAGAGUCAUCUGCAGGGAAAGAAUGUACUGGACAUGAAGAGCUCGCUGGAGUGCAAAACAGCUUUACUGACAUGUCGCUAAUGCCUAUCUUUAACAACAUCUAUAAAGGCGUGUAUGCUGUGGCCCACGCACUUCAUAGUAUUCUCAAUUGUAAUAAAACAUGUAACAACACACUGUUGCUAGAUCCAUUCACGAUUUUACAGCACAUAAGAAAGAUUCAGUUCAAAACAAAGGAAGGAGAUGAGGUUUACUUUAAUGAGAAUGGAGACCCAGCAGCAAAGUAUGAAAUUAUAAACUGGCAGCCAACAGAAAAUGGCACUGUGGACUUUGUCACAGUUGGUUUUCAUGAUGCAUCUUUACCUGAAGGCAAACAGCUGAAUCUGCAAAAUAAUUCUUUUAUUUGGGUACAAAACUCAAAACAGGUACCUUUGUCAGUUUGCAGUGAGAAAUGUCCCCCUGGAACUCGUAAGGUUCUCCAGAAAGGAAAGCCUGUUUGCUGCUAUGACUGUUUAAGAUGUGCAGAGGGAGAAAUAAGCAACAUUACAGAUUCUGUCACGUGUGUGAGAUGCCACCCUGAGUUCUGGUCCAAUGAGAAAAGAGAUACCUGUGUAAAGAAGGAGGCAGAGUUUUUAUCAUAUGAAGAGAUUAUGGGAGCACUGCUCACUGCUGCCUCCCUAUUUGGAACAUGCAUGACUGCUGUUGUGGCAAUUAUUUUCUUCAGAUACAGGCAGACUCCUAUUGUCAGGGCCAACAACUCUGAGCUGAGCUUCUUGCUGCUCUUCUCCUUGACCCUGUGUUUCCUGUGUUCUCUGACCUUCAUCGGUCGGCCCUCUGAGUGGUCCUGCAUGCUGCGACACACAACAUUUGGCAUCACCUUUGUCCUCUGUAUUUCUUGUGUUCUGGGGAAAACAAUAGUGGUGUUAAUGGCCUUUAGGGCCACACUUCCAGGUAGUAAUGUGAUGAAAUGGUUUGGGCCUGCACAGCAGAAGCUCAGUGUUCUGGGUUUCACUCUCAUACAAGUCAUCAUAUGCAUCCUCUGGUUAUCAAUUUCUCCUCCUUUUCCAUUUAAGAAUUUUAAGGGGUUUAAGGACAAAAUCAUCUUAGAGUGUGCUCUUGGCACAGCUAUAGGCUUUUGGGCUGUACUUGGUUACAUAGGACUUCUGGCCAUUUUAUGUUUUAUUCUUGCUUUUCUGGCUCGGAAAUUGCCCGAUAAUUUCAAUGAAGCCAAAUUUAUCACCUUUAGCAUGCUGAUAUUCUGUGCAGUAUGGCUCACUUUUAUCCCAGCAUAUGUCAGCUCUCCUGGGAAGUUCAGUGUUGCUGUGGAGAUAUUUGCUAUUUUGGCUUCAAGUUUUGGACUGCUCAUUUGUAUUUUUAUUCCAAAAUGUUAUAUUAUCUUACUGAAACCAGAGAAGAAUACAAAAAAGAAUAUGAUGGGAAAGGGGGCACCAUAA